AGGCUGCUAGAGAUGGUCGACUUGACAUCGUUAAGAACAAACUGUCAAAACGCAAAAUAGAUGUGAACGCAAAGGAUGCCGAAAACACCACAGCUUUGCAUUAUGCCGUCAGAUUCAACCAUGUUGAAAUUGUCAAGUAUUUAAUUAAAAAAGGAGCAAGUAUGUUGAAUUAUUUCAUUGAUCAUUAAACCAGGUUAGCUUGUUGGUCAUAGUAGUCUAGGACUUUAGACAACAUGCUCUUCACUGAGCUACCUUAAAGUGAUCUGGUGUAUGUUGUACAGCUAGAACUUAUUGCUGGGUUAAUACAUUAAGCAUCAGUGCUCUCCAUUUGACAAGUAAAAUCUUCUGGUGCUAGACAGAGUAAAAUGGUAAUGUAGGGCACAUUAGGAGACUAGUUGAAUGCAAUUUAAAAGGUUAAUUAGACUCAGUGGCAUAUAUAUAUAUAUAUAUAUAUAUAUAUAUAUAUAUAUAUAUAUAUAUAUAUAUAUAUAUAUAUAUAUAUAUAUAUAUAUAUAUAUAUAUAUUAGCUCUAUACUUCGGUAUAUCGAGCACUCUACUCAUAUAUGAUUCUAAAUACAUAUUUGGUAUAUAUAUAUAUAUAUUUAUAUAUAUAUAUAUAUAUAUAUAUAUAUAUAUAUAUAUAUAUAUAUAUAUAUAUAUAUAUAUAUAUAUAUAUAUAUAUAUAUAUAUAUAGCUAUAUUGAAUAUUUAGCUAUAUUGAAUAUUUAUAGAAUGUUCUGGAAAAUUCUGUGUCUAUAACAACAACAGUCUCCAACACAAAUAAGAGGCCGACUACACAGAGCACUUUCAACUCCAGGGUUGAACUCAGCCCUGUUAACCGGGUUGAAAUUUUUUGCAAUUACAUGGACGAUUUCAACCCCGGGGUUGAAAUGCUAUUUGUUCCCGGCAUUGAUUCCCAGAAGUAAAAACGGCUCCAUAGCCUCCAUUUUGUUUUCUUGUAAUAAACAGUCACUACCACGCAUGCAUGCUUGAAUAACUCGGGUCAACAGGGCUGCGUUCAACCCUGGGAUUAAAAAUGCUCCAUGUAAUUGGCUCCUAAUAUAAAGAAUAACAUUUGUUUUAUUUGAGAUAGAAUAACAAAAUCAUGCAGUUAAUACCAUUGUUGAUGGAGGCUUUAUUAUUUAGCAUUAUUAAUUUUGCAUUUUCCCAUCGAUUCUUAACCUGCAUUUUUUACAUUUUCUAAUUUUCUGGGCAAUAGGCUUUGGCUGAUGGGGGGGCCUAACUGUUGGGGGCCCUUAGUUUUUGAACUAACCCGGCCUACCUAAUGAGUGUUACGCCACUGAUCAGACUAAUUAUCUCCCCCAUGUGUCUAUAUAUAGUUAACCCAAGUUGCAUAUUGCACCCUAAUGUGCUCUACUUUAUUAUAAUUAUACUAUAAUAUAAUGAUCUGUCUAAAACCAGACCAUUUUACUUGUCAAGGAUAGAGCAUUGGCGCUCUAUGGGUUAAUAUUACUUGACAAAAUGGUGGAUCUAGAUUUAUGGUGAUAUUCUUAAUUUUCUAGAUCCUAAUAUCCCGGGUGAGGAUGGUGCCACACCCAUGCAUUUUGCUGCACGAUACAGACCUCUGAAUGUCUUGAAACAGUUGCGAUCCACUCAGUCAACUACUGAUAUAACUGCCGAAGAAGCUAGUCAGGAGUAAGUGUGUGCAUGCUCACUCUGUACAGUAUUUUGGCCGUACUUUAUACUAAUGUUAGAGAGUAACACAUGUCUAUAAAUAGACAAUUCCCAUAAAUUAUAGACUAAUUUUAGAACUAGGCAAUGAGAUACAAAUAAAUCACCACAGCUAGAAAGAGCAUACUAAAAUUAGUAAAAUUACAAAGUUUGGUUUCGAAAUGUUGUAAAAUGCGGAAAAUAUAGCCUUGCAAAGUUUGCAAAUUUUGUAUACAAAAGUAUUGCGUGCGGAAAUUCCUACCACAUUCCUACCACAUUUGACGGCCGAAAAUGGUAGCAAUUUCCACACGCAAUACAAAAGUAUACAAAGUUUGCAAACUUUGCAAGGUUAUAUUUUCCGCAUUUUACAACAUUUUGCAACCAAACUUUACAAAUUUACUAAUUUUAGUAUGCACUUUCUAGCUGUAGUGAUUUAUUUGCAUCUCCUUGUCUAGUUUUAAGAUUAGUCUAUAAUGGGAAUUGUCUAUUAAAUAUAAAUCAAGUAACCUCCCAUGUUUCUCUACAGAAAUGCUGAACCCACCGGAAACCUCUUGACAGUGGAAACACCAGAUACAGUAGACAGUGCCGAAGACUCGUCUGAAUCAAUCUUGAACUGCUUACUUCAAAAAUCCAGUUCCAAUGUAAACUCUCAGGACAACUACGGCUCAACCCCACUCCAUUAUGCAGCCUCGAAGGGAAACCCUAGAUCAGUUGAAGAAUUGCUCAAAUAUGGCAAAGCUGAUGUCACUGUAAGUGUGUAAAAUCAGGGGCGUCGGAAGCAACAUGAAGCGGCGGGGGCAGCCAUUUAAAAAGGGCACUUAUUCUUGAGCCUUAAUUUUUUUUUUUUUGGGGGGGGGGCAAUGUUCGUUAACAUUUUGCUGUAUAACGGAUACUUCGUUACUUGUAGCUAAUACAGUUAAUAUUUCGGACUGGAUUGGAACAUUUUUAUUCGUUGCAUGGCACUAAGACUAAAAUGUAUUGUAAAGCAACAUGACAGUUGUCAGUUAUUUAGGAAGGCUUUCUUUUUCACUUUUUUUCAUAGGUGGAAACUGAUUGGUAACGUUUCUGAGAGGAAUUCAGAUUCAAAUAUGAGUUAAAUUGUUUAAAAACAGUUCUCAAUCUCAAUUCAUGUGAAAAACGCACGACGUUCGAAGUGCAGUUCUGGUAAAAAAGGCAACCUGCUGCCCCCGUGCUGCCCCCCACUGUUUAGGCAACGGGGGCAGCUGCCCCGUGGCUCCGGCGCCCCUGUGUAAAAUUGUUGGCAUGUGGCAGAGUCUGAUAAUCAUUAUUAUAGCACAACCUACACAUAAGACUAGCAGACCUGAGGGGGACAUUGAGAUUUACGAUAUUGCGGUAUUAGAUUAUUUUUCUUACGGUAUUUCGGUAUUUUCCUUGAAAAAUUGCGGUAUUACGAUAUUGGAAAUCUUGCGGAACACGGUAUUUGCAAUUUUGGACUCAAAAACUGCGGUUAUUGACAAAAUUUGCUUGCAGUAUUAUGGUAUCGAAUACCCCCCAAUGCCCCGGCCAGACCUGCUAGCAGAUAGCCGAGUUAUAUGUAGAUUGAGUCUGCGGUAUGUAAUUUUAUAGCAGCGACAGUUUUAAUUAAGACGGAAAAAACCAGCAAGAACGAAUGGUAUUUUUGUGAAUGCUUUCUGUGCAAAAAGCAUGGCUUGCGAGUUGGUUUUGUGAUAAGUGGAGAAGAGCCUUUAUGCAUUGCCUUCUUUCUUUAGGCGCGAGACAAGCAGAAGGCAACCCCCCUGCAUGAGGCGUGUACUCAAGGUAAUCCUAAUGUAGCUAAGCUCCUCAUCGGGGCGGGGGCAGACCUACAGGCUCGAGAUGACGAGAAAAUGACUCCACUACACUAUGCAGCAAUGAGCGAAAGAGUUGAUUGUGUCAAGGUUGUUGUCGAUGCUGCAGAAGAUGGCGGUGGCAUGAGUUUAGUGGAACGGAUUAUUGCCGAGGUUUGUGAUUAUAUUUUAUUGUACUUAUCUGGUUGUGUCUGAACUACACACGUAAAAACAUGCAAGUUGUUACAGAUCUACAAUCAAAUUGUAACAAGGUUGUUGUCAUGCUGAUAUCAGGAUGUGUUGACACUGCUUGUUCCCUGUUGUGGAGAAACGUCUGGGACAAGUUGUUAGCACCUUGUUACAAGUUUGAUGACGAUAACAGAUUUGUUACAAGGUGUUUCCACAAGACUAAUACAGGCUGUUCGUAACAAGUUGCUAUGAGCUUGUCGUCAUCAACUUGUUUAUGUUAACAACUUAAUACAUUUUGCUGUGUUGGUGUAAUGUACUCAGGUGAAUAAGAUGCUUGUGUGAUGUUACUCUGAGUGUAUAUCCACACCGGGCAGGCUUGAAAAAUAUGCCUGACCACGGUGGGAUUCGAACCUACGACCUUUGGAAUACUAGCCCAAUGCUCUGCCAACUGAGCUACGCGGUCAGGUCGGUUCUUAUUCACCUGAGUACAUUACACCAACACAGCAAAAUCUCAUGAUUAUUAGAUUACACUGAUAUCGAUGGAACUAGACUCAGUUCCGAAAUAUCGCAUACUCGAACCGACCUGACCGCAUAGCUCAGUUGGGAGAGCAUUGGGCUAGUAUUCCAAAGGUCGUAGGUUCGAAUCCCACCGUGGCCAGGCAUAUUUUUCAAACCUGCCCGGUGUGGAUAUACACUCAGAGUAACAUCACACAAGCAACUUAAUACAUGCAGACGAUAUCAGACUUGUUGGAACAAGACCUGUUGGCCUCAUCAACCUUCUUACAAGAUGAUAACAACUUGUUCCGUAUCUUGUUGACAAUGGGUCUAUAGUAAGACCACAUAGUAAGAUCACAAGACUAAGUUUCGAGUAAAAUGGAAAUCCUUGGUUUAAUAGCAUUGUUUUUCUUUUCAGGUGGACCGGGAAGGUCAAACAGCACUGCAUAUUGCUGUAGACGCGAGUGCAAAGAAAACAGCUCAGUAUCUGUUGUUUAAAGGAGCCGAAGUGAACGCAGUACGCAUGAACAUGGCUACACCACUACAUCUGGCUGCCACGGCUGGAGAUAUUGAGACGGUGGAGAUGUUGUUGAAUUUCAAAGCAAAUGUCGAAGCGAAGAAUAUUAACCAUGAAACACCAUUGCAUAAAGCUGCCUUGUUUAAUAAUGUGCCUGUUAUUGAUUUGUUGCUGGAUAGGUGAGUGAUGGUACUAAUGAUGAUAGUAAGUUGUAUGUGAUGAUGGUAAGGGUGAUGAUGAUGUGAUGAUGGUGGUUGUGAUGCAUGUCUGUAGAAAGUAGGAAGUUAUUGAGCGACGCUACCUCCAAAGUCACGCUACCUCCAAAGUCUAAAGGGCUAACUCCAAACCAAAAUAUACACUUGAGUAACUUGUGUAAUUCAAAACUGAGUUGAAAUAUGAAUUGCGGAGUUACUGGCUAACUCCAAAAAUCAUUUGGAGCUAAGUAUAACUCAAGUUAAAGUUACUUGCUGUGUUGUUAACUCCAAAGGUAAUUUGGAGCAUGUUAUCUAAGCCCGGAGUUACUGACUAACUGGAACAACUGCAAGAAUGCACUCUCAGAAUGCACUUCUAUAUUCUGUAUUAAAUAAAUAACACAUGCACUUGUUAAGACUAAAAUACCCAGAGUACGUGCAUAAACAUGACAUUGGCACACCUCAGUGGCAUUUUGUUCUCGUUCAGAGGCUAAAUUCUGAUCUGCAGUUGCGGCAAAUGCGCGCAACCCAUUCUCGUACCCCGCGACCCUUGUCAUGCUCUGUUGACCGUGUGUAAGACGGGCUCUGGGUUCGAGAAUGUGGAAUAAUCCAGCUCCAUUUAAAGAUUGGCUACCUCCACAAAAAUAAAAUCUACAGGUAUGUUGUGAUGAUGAUGAUGAAGGUGGUGAUGAUGAUGAUGGUGGUGAUGAUGAUGAUUAUGAUGGUGGUGUUUGUGAUGAUGGUGGUGAUGAAGCUGGUGAUGGUCAUGAUGAUCUUGAUUAUGAUGAUUAUGAUUAUGAUGGUGGUGGUUGUGAUGAUGGUGCUGGUGAUGAAGCUGGUGAUGAUCAUGAUGAUCUUGAUUAUGAUGAUUAUGAUUAUGAUGGUGGUGGUUGUGAUGAUGGUGCUGGUGAUGAAGCUGGUGAUGGUCAUGAUGAUCUUGAUUAUGAUGAUUAUGAUUAUGAUGGUGGUGGUUGUGAUGAUGGUGCUGGUGAUGAAGCUGGUGAUGGUCAUGAUGAUCUUGAUUAUGAUGAUUAUGAUUAUGAUGGUGGUGGUUGUGAUGAUGAUGGUGGUGAUGAAGCUGGUGAUGGUCAUGAUGAUCUUGAUUAUGAUGAUGAUGAUUAUGAUGGUGGUAGUUGUGAUGAUGGUGCUGGUGAUGAAGCUGGUGAUGAUCAUGUUUGUGAUGGUGAUGGUGAUAAUGAUGGUGGUGGUUGUGUUGAGGUGGUGAUGGUGAUGAUAAUGGUGAUGAUGAUGAUGAUGAUUAUGAUGGUGGUGGUUGUGAUGAUGGUGGUGUUGAUGAAGCUGGUGAUGAUCAUGUUUGUGAUGAUGAUGAUGAUGGUGAUAAUGAUGGUGGUGGUUGUGUUGAGGUGGUGAUGGUGAUGAUAAUUGUCGUCAUGAUGAUGAUGAUUAUGAUAGUGGUGGUUGUGACGAUGGUGGUGGUGAUGAAGCUGGUGAUGAUAAUGGUUGUGAUGAUGAUGGUGAUAAUGAUUGUGGUGGUUGUGUUGAGGUGGUGGUGAUGAUGGUGAUGAUGAUUGUUAGGUUAUAAUUUGCAGUAUUUCCUAGUACUAUACACAUGGAAAUAAAAUCUCUCCGAACCUUCUAUUUCAGAGGAGCAAAUAUUGAAAGCAGGGACAAAGACAACUACACUCCAUUACUGGUCGCUGUUGCCCAGGGGAACAAGGAGGCGACCGAUGCUUUGUUGAAACGUGAUGCAAACAUCAGAGUAAUGGACAGUUCUGAUAAAACUGCCAUAUAUAUUGCUGCCGAGGAAAACUGUCUGGAUAUUUUAGACGU